GUUCCAAAAAGAAUUUAACACUGCUAUAGCAGUUUUGCAGCGUUUCUUGGGUUCUCACACAAACACAAUUUUUUGGGUUUUUAGAGGAGAGCAGAAAGAACAACAAUGGAGGUGGAAUUGAAAGAGAUGCUUGAUGAUCUCUUGUCUCUAAGGCAAUCUUUAUCUGAUCCUUCUCUUCAUGCAUCAAUCGAUCAGAUGCAGUUGCGUGUUGACCGUCUUACUCAUCUUGCCAAGUCAGUACCUGUUCGACGAACAAAAGUCAAGGAUAUGAGUGCUGAGGUGGUUGAUACCAAUCCUUAUAGUAGGCUCAUGGCACUUCAAAGAAUGGGCAUUGUGGAAAACUAUGAAAGAAUCCGGGAGUUCUCAGUUGCCAUAGUUGGUAUUGGUGGUGUUGGCAGUGUUGCAGCUGAGAUGCUAACAAGGUGUGGGAUAGGUCGACUUUUGUUGUAUGAUUAUGAUAAAGUGGAGUUAGCUAACAUGAAUCGGCUAUUCUUUCGUCCAGAGCAGGUUGGUAUGACAAAGACUGAUGCAGCUGUUCAGACCCUGUCAGACAUAAAUCCUGAUGUUGUGCUUGAGAGCUAUACGCUGAAUAUUACAACCGUACAAGGGUUUGAAACCUUUAUGUCAAGCUUAGAGAACAAAACAUUUUGCUCAAGGAAGGAAGGUAGUGGAGUGGAUCUUGUUUUAAGCUGUGUAGACAAUUACGAAGCAAGGAUGGUCGUCAAUCAGGCUUGCAAUGAGUUGAAUCAAACAUGGAUGGAGUCUGGUGUUUCUGAGGAUGCAGUUUCUGGUCAUAUACAGUUGCUGAUUCCUGGAGAAACUGCUUGUUUUGCAUGUGCCCCUCCUUUGGUUGUAGCAUCUGGAGUGGAUGAACGAACACUCAAGCGUGAAGGGGUUUGUGCCGCAUCUUUGCCAACUACCAUGGGAGUUGUUGCUGGGCUUCUGGUUCAAAAUACACUAAAGUUCUUGUUGGGAUUUGGACACGUUUCUCCCUACUUGGGAUACAGUUCUCUUAAAGAUUUCUUCCCAACAAUGGCAAUGAAGCCAAAUCCGCAAUGUUCAAACGCUGCCUGUCUGGAGCGGCAGAAAGAAUACAUUCUUGCAAAACCAGCCAGAGAUGCAGCUGCUAAAGCCAAGAUGGAGGCUGAAGCCUCAGCCGCUGCCUCGGCAGGAGAUGUGCCGCUUCAUGUUGAUAAUGAAUGGGACAUAAGUGUUAUCGAUGAUAACGAGCCAGAGAAGAGUACUUGUGGCACAAGUUCAGAUGCGCUUCCCGAAGGCCUCACUCGUGAGCUCCCGAGUGCCGAUGAAUAUCAAAAGCCCCAGCCAUCUGGAGCCACAGAUACUACUAUCGAUGACCUUGAAGAUCUCCGGAGGCAGCUUGAUGCUCUGAAUGCUGAUUAAUACCCCGGCAUAACAUCUAGUUGAAAGAUAGGAACACUCCUAGAUUUAAUUGUUUGUCUACCAUUGAGGGCGAAAUAAAAGAAAGUUCUGGGGGUUCAACAUUCAAGCAAAUGAUUCCCCCAUUCCC